UGCAUAAAAUAAUAUUUUUGAGAACCAAUUGUUCACGGUAAGACCAACAGAGAUCUAACAUUGAUAAAGCUUAGUAUGGCAUCCAACGGGACAAACAACCUCACCACUAACGGAACGGCUGAUGAAGUUGGAGAAUUUCCUCAGGCAAUAUCCGAAACUUUUAUUCAGGCCUCUGCAGUGAUGGUACAGGAGAAUUCCGGUCAUUUGAUCGAAAUGACUCUUGGGCGGUUUUUUCAUGCGGCCUGGUAUCGGCCCAGAAUCGCAGGACGAGUCUAUUUCUCUCUGGCAGCAUUGCGGGUUCUUGUGGAUAGAGAUGGGGAUCUCAAUGAAUGUCUUAUGCACGAUAGCCCUAGAAAGCAAGAUAUUCUUCCUAUUUGGGAAAUGAGGAGAUUUGUAGAGAUUACAUUUUUCAGAAGAUGGAAAAACAUUUUUGAUGUUUAUAUUGAGAAAAAAUUUACAAGUGAUAGAAUUGGCACAACCUUUAUGAAAUGUGUUGAAGAUAGAUUACCAGUAGAUGGUCAACUUACUAGAGAAUUAGAUCAGAUAACCGCAAGAGAGGGUGUAGAAUUAUUACCUAAUUCAUCUGAUAUGCGAUUCCCUGAUCAAUCCUCUAAUAGAAAUGUGAGGAAGAGGUCAGAUAAAAUAAAGGUUGAUUUUGAUGAUUUUUUAGUUCAGGGACUACAAAGAGACUGGAGUAGGGAGGUCAAGAAACAGGAGAAGAAGGAACGCCGCAGACGGGCCCAAGAGAGAGCGAGAGGACCAGAAAAUCAUCUUCAAGAUGAAGGCAAUAUUGAGACUGAUGAGAAAACAGGAAGCGACAAAUAA